AUGUCCAGUGGUGGAUUUGAAGUCAAAGGUGCAAGAGCUCCCUCAGUCUUGUCCAGUCAUCGACCGAAAUCAUCAACUAAAAAUGGCUACCAUAUUUUAGCACACACGUCUUCGGUGGAUGAAUUGUUAUUUAGCUCUCAGCACCCUUCUAGACUGAAUGAUCCUAUCAUCAAUUUUAAAGCACCUUGGGACCACCCAAAGCCACAACCUCCAUUUCAUACAUUUGGAACUGUACAAGAAAAAAUAGAAACCAGGAACAAAGUGCGAGGGCCACCCCUUCUGUGGUGCCCUGCACCAGGUUCGGCCACACACACUAGAGAGAAAACUAAAACCAGGUCAAGUGUAGAUGAUGCUGGCUAUCUCUGGAGCACCCGGGGUCACUUUCGGCACCUGAAGCAUAAGCCAACUUUUGUUGAUGAAACUUUGUUUGGUCCAAGGUUGGAAGAACCUUCCUUUAAGGCUCCUUGGGAUGUUAAAAAGAACUCAGAGAUGAAACAUUCAAACUACUGUAAUGUAGAUGUGGUAGACAACAAGGAGGCAUUGACCCAUGGUGCUCUAAGCGAUUUCAGGCGAACAAGUAUUUCUCGUCCAGAAUCUGCUCGUGGAGUUUCUGGCCAUCCUGAGCCGCAGAACCAUGGUGCUAAAGUAGUCAAACCAGUCUGGAAGCCGUGA